ACAUGAGAGAAAGAGGAGGUCUUAUAAAGCAGCAGUGCACUGUUAAAGGAGGGCAGAACAGGAGAAGCUCCUUGUGCGCAGCCAGUAAAAAGACAGUCCUAGCCCAUUGAACACAGAGGGACCCCCCCCCACCCCAUACAAAACUUCCAUCAACUCCAGGCUGGGAAUUUCAACAGAGUCCCGAAUUUUCUGAAGAAAAUCAAAGAUCUAGAGAAGCAAAGAGGAAACAAAACCUGCUCCAAUGCAUCAAACAGUGGACUUUGCUCUUUUCUAUUUGUAUAGGUGAGCCAGAUGACCUCAUACAAACCAGCCCACACUUUGUGCAAAGCCAAGGCUAGGCAUCUGUGCUUUUUGGUCCUCCUGUGUUUCCAACUGGCUGUGGGAGAUGUCCCUGGGCCAUGCAGACACUCGGUGACAGGGGAUCACCUGAAGAAAGUCAACAGUCUGAUUGCAAACCAGAUGCAAAAUGGCUGUGCAAUUACAUAUACGUUCACAGAGCAAGGCAGUCUGAGUGACACUUGCUAUGUCAAAGCUGCCUUCCCCAAAAUACUGGAGCUUCUCAGAGAUCACUUCAGUUAUGGCAAGAGCUCAGACAACUACCAAUACGUGCAGGCGGUGAAAAGGCUGGUGCAGGAAAUUUACACACAAAAAUGCAUCCAGGAGAUCGAUUUGGAGAGGGAGUAUGAUCCAGCAAAGUUUGCCAAAACGUACACUGGCUCGCCAAAAGAAGCACUAGAAAAAGUACGCAAGGUCAUCUCUCUUUACAAGAGUCUGAUGACAAAAAACAACAAGCCGGUGAACUGGAACUGCGAGGACCAGUAUGCAGAAGACAUCCUGGAAACCACCACCAGUGUCAACAAACCCACAGGUCCUGUCGUAUGCCAAUGCUCUUGUCCAACUGCAGGUUAUGGGGCUUCCGAAGGGGCUUCUUUGGCAGCCAACAGUUUAUGGAAAGGCCUUCCAAAGCUCACUGCUUCCCAGCCUCCCAUACAACCCUAUGAGCAGUCAAAUCCUCCUCAGAGGAUCUCAAGCACCGGAGGCAGACACCUUCCAAAUUCUGGCCCUGCCAUGCUGGAAAAGCAUCAGGGAAGCAGGAAUACUAUAUCUGUGACCUCUCCUGAUGGGAAAAAACAGAAGAAGACGACGACACUCUGGGACUACUUUGCCUUCACCGUGUCUGCAUUUCCUAAACCUAAGGAUUCUUCUUCUUUUCUUACCUCUGGAUACAGCACAGUUCCCACAUCUUCCAAUAAAGAAGAUACUCAGAAAACAAUAACUACAUAUCCAUUUAUUAAUUCUGAUCCCUUAUCACUGAUACCCAGCACCCCUGAAUACUUGGAUCACAGUCACAUCUCCAGUAAACCACCCGAGAGCAUGCCACUGACAGUUCCUAGUGUAGGCAGUAUUGUUAUAGAGGGGAAAAGGCCUUCUGAGACAACCUUUGACACUAAAGAGCUGACAGAGAGUUAUAUCCCAAAUCUGGAUGGAACAGCCAGGUUAAACACUGAAAAAAACACAGACUAUGCUCAUCUUGGGAAGGACAAUAUAAUUAACUCUUCACCUUCCCUUGAAGAUUCUAUGAAUCACCCAACCACUUCCUUACCAUCCCAGGACACCCUGGUUGGUGAUACACCAAAUGGACCAGAAGAAAGUACAGCAAUUGCCCUAAUAGCCAAGAGAUCAGUAGAUCCCAGGAUGGAGGGAUCCUUCUAUAAUUCAGAGACAGACACUCAAAUAAACCGGGCCUGGGCAUCUGGUACACUGAAUGAUCCAGAAGAAAAGGAAGUUCUUGAAAGAAUUCUGGGUAAUUUCAGGAAAGGGUCACCAGUUCCACAAACUGUCAGCUACAAUGGCUAUCAACCUACACAGAGCACUUCAAGGCAAACCUGGCAAGAAAAGGUGAUUCCCACUUGGAUGCAAACUGAAGAGCGGUCGCCGAGGUUAUCUGCAGCUUUUAAAGGGCAACAAAGAACACCACUCUCUUCUACUAUUUCACCUUCAAAUACCCCACAAAGCCAACAGAUUAAUAGCAAGAUCAGUAAUGAGGAAAAGGUCAUCCCAGGUCAUGAUUCAAGCACCUGGGAUCAUAUCGACAAAAGCUUGGCUUCAGAUCCAACAGCUCAAGACUCAGGGAAAGAGUCCCAAAGUGGGACUUCAGAGGACUCGAAUAAUUCUUACAAGCCUGCCUUCAUUGUGGUGGCUGUGUGCGGAGGACUACUGCUUAUAACCACCCUCUACUGCUUCAUACAGAAAAAGAAACUUGAAGCACUAAAACAUGGAUCACAACAUCAUGAAGAAAGGGUAGACAACUGUAGCUCAAGAAUUGCAAUGGAGGAAUCUGAACUUUUGGAUAACUCUGAUUCAACUCUGUAACUUGGCGAAUCUCCGCAAAUGUCAAAUAACAAACAAACGGAGGAAGACAAAAUCCUUUCCAAAAAGAUUUUCACAGCAUGGACUUAUUUCACCCCUUAAUAUGGAUUUUCUAAGUUGAUAAGUAUAUACAGUAUAUAUAGAAUUCUAUAAGGAUAUUAAAAUAUUAAUAAAGUUUCUAUAUUUUUAUACAUAAAGACAUUGUAUCGAACAAAGAUGAAGAUAAUGAAGAAUAUGGGUCGAAAAUCGUUCAUUCUAUUGCAGUGUUUGACUGCACUGAUGAAGAAUUCCCCCAACAAAAUGAAGCGGAGCGGAGAGUUCCCAGGCUGAGCACGCGGCUUCAGCUCGGUGCGCCAGGGAACUGUAGAGGAUGAUGUCAUUUUCAGUUGAGUUGAUCUCCAAAGGAACAAGGGAGAUACUGUAGCAGGAUCCACUGGAUACCGAGAGAAGGCCAACCCCCAGCCUUAAUUGUGCCUACAUGACUUGGCCAUCUUGCUACUUCAAGAGACAGAAACCAUAAAACUUAAAAAAAAGAUGACAGAACAUUCAAGAUGUUUCCACUGUGACUGGGAACCACACCUGCUCUGAACUGCUUUCAUGCCAAAAGACAAAUCAGCCCCUCUCAGGGGCCACACUUACUGGGCUUCACAAAGGCUUCAAGUUUGGGUUUUUUUGUGGUGUAACUGGAAUAAAAUCGAAUGUGAGGGGGAACGCCAGCAGGACUAAAAACUACAGUUCCUGCUGAUGUCCACUAACUGGGAUCUCAAGGCUUGUACCCCAUUUUCUUGAUCUGCUCUGACAUAUUGUGUGAGUGCUGGCCGAUACUCAUUGAGGUAAUGCGUCCAAGUUUCUACUUGGGGGCUUCAGGGUUUAAUGAUGUGAAUGAGUUUUGACCAUCAAUCUCAUGGGCUGUUGCUGUUUUAUGUGGCGGUUAAUGGAUUGUGUCAGGAUUAGGGCACGAUUUCACAAAAUAAUAAAUUCAGUACACUCCUUUUCCAUGCAAUACUGUACAAGUACAAUAAGAACAGCCAAGGGCAAUGACCACAUAGACCCAUGAUACAGGCUUCACCCCCAAAAUUAAAAUAUAACUGCAGCAAAUCCAUCCUCUGGCAAAGUUGUGGAAAUUCAAGCAGACCUGUCUGCACCUUACAACAUGGGCUAAAGGAGUCCUCUACCGAUAACGUUAACACCAUAAAAAACACAUAUUUACCGCACUUGAACUCAGGCCUGUUUAAAACAAAGCUUCAGCCUGGUAGCCAGGUGUAACUGUCUUGUUAGUAAUUUGCAAAGUAUGAUGUUGCACCCCUUAAGCUUACGUUUGACCAAGUCAGGUUGGAAAUUCUGGAUACUUUAGUUAAUAGAGCCUUUAUAGUUUGCCAGAGGUUUCUUGCUUUCAUCUUGUGGAAAACAGCCAAGUGCACAGCUUUGGAAUUAGCCAGCAGGUUGGAAUUUUUUUUAUUUAACCCGAGCCUUAGUUACAGAGCAUACAAACGCUGAAGUGCCUUAUUACUGAUUUACUGAUCAUUAAGCUUUCAAUUAGCAUUUCUCCUUUUAUGGGGGGAUUCUGUCCUAAAAGGGGUUUAGUCAUAAACCCACAGAUUCAGUUUCAAACUUAUGACUUCUCAGCCAAGCAUAGAUGCCACCUGGGGUUUAUUGAAUGAGCAAAGUUCACUGUGCCGAUGGUCUCCCAUCACAGGAGACCAGUGUCCCCCAGUGAUGGACUAAAUGGAGUCUUCCCUUUCUGGCUUCCUCCUGCACACUGCAGGUUGGCACAGAACAUGGUUGGCUUCUUGAAAGCACGAAAUACUGUUUCUACAUUCUUAACAGUUCUGCAUAAGGAGGAAGAGACUAAAUGGAUCAUGAAACAGAUAUUUGUGAACAAAAACUUUUAGUAACCUCAAACUAAAAGCUCACAGGAGGAUGCCAUUUGGCCCAAACUGAUUUUCCACAGUAUAUAAAAAACACAAACAGGGUGUUUGAAAUGAUGCUGCAAGAUCAGAUGUACAUAAUCAGAAACUUAGGUUUCAAGUGACACAGACAAUUCUGCAAACAUCAGCCAACUAUCAGUAAACCAGAAACGUACAAUCUUCAACAAAAUUUGAAAUUCUAUACAAGGAAAUCAUUUUUGCUUUGUUCUCUUCCUCUUUGAUCCAAGAGAAGUAAUCCCCCCCCCCCCGUCACACUUCUCUUCUUUUAACCUCAUCUCUCAAAUGUGCCUCAGGCUGUAAAAAAAAUGAUUUGACCGCUUUCUUUUAGAUUGUAAGUAAUAAAGCCUGUCACAGGUCAUUCUUCUAUGAACCUCCAGGAUUUGAUAACUGAUGGUGCUUCAUUGGAGAAUAGCACAUGCUGAAGAAGGACACAUGCCAUUUCCUUUCCCCUAAGCAAAUUGCACUAUAGUCACAAAGCAAAAGCUUAACUUGCAACAGACUCCAGCUGUGAUUUCAUGAGCUCUACAUCUCGGAAAAUCUUCUCAAUGUGAAGCAAAACCCCAGCUUAAUCUGCCUUUCUCUGUCCUCUUGGGUAUGUUCCUUUCCCAAUUAAAAAAUUUAUAACUGCUAACAGGAGGUCUGGUGGAGUGGAGAUUAUCACCACAGUGUCAAAGCUCUAGGGUUGAUUCCAUUCUUCGGUGUCUGAGCCAAACGCAUGUUCACCCCAUGUUUGCUGGGACUUCCCCCAAGCUCCCAAAGACCUGCAGGACAGGUUUGAUUGGCUCCACUCCUGACUCUCUUAGGGAUUUACCCCCCCAUGAGGAAGGAACGGGAAAAGGAAAAUGGACUCCCCAAUUCAUUUUCUGCACCUGAGUCAAGUGGAUUUGGAACCUCUAUCCUCCUAUCGACUGUUCGGGUUAUGGGAUGAGAAGGAUGAACACCACAGCCUCAGUAGACAGGUAGAUUUUAUAGAGUUCGUUUAAGUUAUCCACAGCACUAGAAACCAUAACCGAAAUCUCAGUAGAUGAGAAAACGAGGGUUACAAAGUCUUACCUGAUUUUUUUCAGAUCAUGCAGCUUACCUGACUGAUUUGUAAGAGUCAGCCUAAAUGUUUUUACAGUAUUAAUACUUUGCAUGUAUAUAGCCCUUUGAAUCCCAAAGCACUUCAUAUAUAAAAAAGGAUCUAAUCCACCCAUCACUGAUAUGUAGCUCCCAGAAUGUACCAGCAGCCCUCCUAUACCAUAGAUCAGGGAGAGAAUUAAGGAGGACAUUUAGGGAAGCUAGAGUAUCCAAAUCUGUGGAAUUUCACCAGGACACCAAAGUUAACACAACUACUGUUACAAACACUGUGAGGGGAUCAUUAAUGGUCAAGCACUCAUUAAAUAACCAUUGUUACAUAGUGUACAUAUUCUCAAUGUUGUUAACCGACAUCCUACUGAACGCUUCCUAAUCCACUCACCCAUUCACCUGCUACACAUGGUCUUUUUAAUUUCAAUUCAUUUGUUGUGGUGAUGGUACUGUAUCCAGCAUUCGAAUGUGUGCGAGUCAGAAAAGAAAUGGGGCCGGAUCAAGUUGGUUUUGAGCCAUUGGUUAAAUCAGUUAUACAAUAAAGAAAAAAAGAGGAAAAAUGGGAAUGGACUUAACAUGUGGCUUCUUGAGAGCAGACAGAAGGAUGACGCAAGACUUGCAAAUUAUUUCUGAAAUGACGUUGCACUUGUUUUCUCGAAAGUGAGCAGAACAAUUCAAUUUUGCUUUUUGGGCACUGAUAGGUUUUCAUGGAAAGGUCUCGGCGACCUAACCUUGGCACUGCUUAAUGGACCUGAAUCUAUAUUUUCUUGCAAUCACUGCUGUUGUUGAGACCUGCAUUUCCUUGAUGGACCCAGAUGUUCUUUUCAAACAUUAUUAAAGCACAAGAGUAAUAACCCCCA